AGAGAGGAGGAGCUUGAAAAGUAUGAACUCUGUGUGUGAAGACGCAGACAGACAGAAGGAGAAGCACUAGAAUACUUAACGGAGUUUGGAAAAGCUCACGACUACCGAUGGUCUCUUUCGGACCGGAGAUGGUUUGCAAACAACUGAUCAAAUAAUAGGUUUGGACCGAGCUUGGGCAUGAAAGACUCCUCUUCUCGCAUCUUGGGACUGCGGUGCAAUUCACCUUGAACCUGUGCGGUUUUCCCCAUCCUAACCUGUGUAAAUUAUACUCUAUUAAUAGAAGCGUAAAAAGUGGAGAGUUUUCCGACUGAACGAAAGAAGAUAAAAGUUGCCAUAAAAUGUUGUCAUUAUUAUUCUUGAUUCUGUACAUUCCUGCUGUUGUGUCCUCGUCGUCACAGAUGGCUGGGAUCUUCCCCCAGGACCCAGCCCUACCCAUCGGCUCCACCCUCACUGCCACAUGUUCAGUCAGCCCUGAUCUGGGCCUCCAUGCCAGCUCUCUGUUCUGGAGCCUGAAUGGCCGCCGGCUGCCCAGCUCUUCUUACAGCGUGUUGAGCCCUACGGCCCUCAGUGUCACCCUGCCGGGCUUACCAGCCUCUAGGCAGAGGUCAGGGGACAACCUGGUGUGUCACAACCAUGGAGGACAUGUUCUAGCCGGGUCCUGCCUCUACAUUGGGAUGCCUCCAGUGAAGCCAGUCAACUUAACCUGCUGGUCCAGAAACACCAAAGACCUGACCUGUCGAUGGGCACCGGGAGGACAGGGAGAGACCUUCAUCAAGACCAAAUACACACUCAAAUACAAACUCAGGUGGUAUGGCAGAGAGAGAGAAUGUGAGGAGUACAGUGCCGCCCAGCCAUACUCUUGCUACAUACCUCGUGACCUCGCCCUCUUCACGCCCUACGAGAUCUGGGUGGAAGCCACCAAUCAGCUCGGCUCAGCCACCUCUGAUGUCAUCACCCUGGAUAUCCUAGACGUGGUAAUGACGGACCCGCCGUCAGGUGUGAGUGUGAGUCGUGUGGGUGACCUGGAGGACCAUCUGAGUGUUCGAUGGGAGUCUCCCCCAGCUCUCAAAGACUUCCUGUUCCAGGCCAAGUACCAGAUACGCUACCGGCUGGAGGACAUCUCAGACUGGAAGGUCAUGGAUGACGUUGGGAACCUGACAUCAUGUCGCCUGGCAGGCCUGAGACCGGGUACUGUGUAUUUUGUCCAGGUACGCUGUAACCCAGUAGGGAUCUAUGGGUCUCGUAGGGCUGGUAUCUGGAGUGAAUGGAGCCAUCCUACUGCUGCUUCUACACCUCAUAGUGAGCGUGUGUUAUCAAGUUCGUGUGACUCCAAGUCUGGAGACUCCAAUUCUACGUUACGUCGUGAGCUGAAGCAGUUCUUCGGCUGGGUACGGAAUAAUGCGUAUGGCUGCGGCGGCAUGUCAAUCAAACUCUACGACCAAUGGAGAGUCUGGAUGCAGAAGUCCCACAAAACACGCAACCAGGUAGGUCCUACAAGGGGAUAAGUCAUAGUACGCAUCACCCCUGCCUUUAAACAACCAGCAACAAAGUCAAGACAACAUGUGUGUGAAAAAUGGUGUCCCCUAAAUGCUGUGGUUUUGCAUACACCAUUCAGCGACGGAAGAAGGGGGCAGAAAUACAAUUUUGGGGACAGUGUCUCUAGCCCUGCCCCAUCCGCAGGGUGUGUGUGCUGUAAUUAUUUAACAAGACGUGGAGGAAUAAGACAUUGAGGAAUAGUCAUCUUCUUCUUACUGUGGGAAUACUGGCAGCUAUGAAAAGCUAGAGAUCCACAGCACCCUCUAGUGGAAGUUAACAUACUGGGAGGAACAGUGGAGACGGAGGACCAGAGUAAUGUUUCUAGUCACAUCCAGUCUUAAACCAUGACGACCCAAUCGGCACUGUCUGUGACCCACUAUUUGGGAACCCUGGUCUGGGAGGAGGGGGGGGGGACUAUUAAGGACUAUUAACUGACAUUGUGUUACAGGACUAUUAACUGACAUUGUUGUCUGUGUCAGUGUGGAGAUCUGUCUUAAUAAUAAGUAGGGUCAGGAGUUUUUCCUGAUCAUAUGGCCCUGCCCAGGAACACCUCCUGACCAUAAUGCUAAUGUAUUUUUCUACAGAAUUGUACUAUCAUAUUUAAACUAUUAUUUUUUGUUACUAAGUUAUGUUUGGUUACUGAUAAUGUUAUUGACUUCAUUAUGAAUUAUAGUUUGGUUUGAAAGAGUUUGGAAGUCAUUCUAUUCACACACACUCGCACACACCCCCGGACACACACACCCCCGGACACAC